GCGGCUGCCGAGUGACGAUGCUGGAUGGGAAGGACUUUGUAGCGCUGCUGAGGCAGUAACCGAGAAGGAACGCAGCAGCGUCCAACUGCUUCUUGUCAUCUCUCUCCCUCUCUCUGAACACAUUUUUUUUGGCUCGGACUGCAUUGCAUUUACAGCAGCUUGUUUCACCCCCUCCUUUCAAAAAAGAAAAUCCUUUUAACAAUCUCGACUUUUUUUUUCCCUCUUGUAAUCCUCUUGGCGAUUUGAGACGCGAAGCAAACCGAGCACUUGUACACAGUUUGGAUACAGACAGGCAGAUCUAUUUUUCAGGGGUUUUGGAACAGAUUUAUCUUGUUGGAUUCCCCCCCCCCCUUUUUUUUGGUCGCUUGGAGUUUUGCCUGCACCAGGUUGCCGUUUGUGGAAGUGCUUUUUUCUUGUGUGUGCUUGCGUUGGAGGCUCAGCUCGGACUCGCUAUGCGGCUGUGUGUGGUGUUCUCUCCGGCCAGAAUGGGAUCUGGCCCCGGCUCUCAACUGACGGGCUUUUACCCCGGCAGGUGGCUCAUAUUACUCGCGCUCAGGUUACUUUUCCUUGUGCCUGCAGGGGAGCCGGUCGGGCGCAGUGACAGCAACAUCCCCAAAGCAAUGGACAACGUGACGGUGAGGCAAGGCGAGAACGCCGUUCUCAGGUGCUUAAUUGACAGUGGUGUGACACGUGUGGCAUGGCUGAAUCGCUCUAGCAUACUCUACGCAGGAAAGGACAAGUGGUCACUAGACCCUCGAGUGGUUAUAGUGACAAACAGCAAAACAGAAUACAGCAUUCAGAUAAUGUCCGUGGAUGUGUACGAUGAAGGCCCUUACACUUGCUCAGUUCAAACUCACAACCAUCCCAGGACAACUCGGGUGCAUAUAAUUGUACAAGUUCCACCAAAAAUUGUCAACAUUUCCAGCAGUGUUUCUGUGAAUGAGGGCAGCAAUGUGACACUUCUGUGCCUCGCUAUUGGACGACCAGAGCCCACCGUGACAUGGCGCCACGUUUCUCCAACAGCUCGAGGUUUUGCCAGUGAUGAAGAAUAUUUGGAAAUCACAGGAAUUGCAAGGGAAGAUGCUGGUGAAUAUGAGUGCAGCGCCUAUAACGAUGUGUCAUCUGCUGAUGUGCGCAAAGUGCAAGUAACAGUAAACUAUCCACCAUUGAUCCUUGAAACAAUGAAUGUUGGCGCAGCAGUAGGGCAUAAGGGAAUCCUCCAGUGUAAAGCGUAUGCUGUUCCAUCGGCAGACUUUGAAUGGUACAAGGAAGACCGAAGGCUUUUAAAUGGACUCAAUGGUAUAGAAAUUAAGAAAAAUGGAAAUAUAUCUGUGCUUACUUUCUUUAAUGUUUCGGAAGAGGACUAUGGAAACUACACCUGUGUUGCAAUGAACAAACUUGGCACCUCAAAUACAAGCAUUCUUCUCUUUGAAGUAAGUGAGCCUACGAGCUCGACCCAGAUUCAAGAAGAGAAAACUUCCACAAUUCUUGCAAAUUGGAAAGGUCCUGGAGCAGUGCUUGAUGGGAAUAACCGUGCACCUGCAGGGAUGACUCCAUCACUAUGGCUACUGGUGAUACUCUUCGUCCACUUCCUCUUCAAAUUUUGACGUGGCAUGCCACCAUUAAACAGCGCACUGCCUCUAACCAGAACAGAACAAAUAAACUUUGCCCUGCACAGGUUGUGCACAGGCUAUAAAACAUCGCGUAUAGGUUCUGUGCUGACAAGUAUUUGUUUUUUGUGAGUCCAUACUGAUAUUUCCCCUCUGUUGGCUGCAGGGCGCUGGUGCAUAUUUGCUGUCAGAACUGUUAGUUCGGUUACUGUUGAUUUUCCAAUUUUUAACCCUCCAUGUUUAGCUGAUGUAGUGUUUACAUAUGUUAUGCUUUUAAUGAUGUUUAUUUAUGCAGGUACCUUUCCCUCACGUAUGUAAAGCUGUCUGUGGUUUUACUGGGUGGAUAAUAUAAAUUACCUGUAUACUAUUUGUAGACUACCAGUAAAUAAUGUAAUAUGCCUGUAGACCAUUGGCUAAUUAACAGGUGGACUGUAGCCCAUUGGCUAGCUGAGCAAACAUUUAGCAAAUAAGCUGCAAACUUAUAAUAAAAGGGGCAGUUUUACAUUAAAGUUUAAGGAUCUUUAUCUUAGAACAAUUCUAUUUCAGAAAUAUAUCUCACUAACGUUUAGGCCCAUGUUGACUAUCACCAUAAUAUAUUAAUUGUGGAAACUAAUACAAUUGUAUCUGUCAUGUACGUUCAAGUAAAUAUAUAAUUCCUCACUUUCCAUUUGAUUGUGUAUUAUGUGUGCACAUAACUAUAUUUCUGCACUGAGUCCAAUAUACUUACAAAACCUGGUGAAGGCUUUUCCUGUGCUGUAGUGGAACUUGGCCAGAAUUGUUAACCAGUCACGAGAAUGAUGCCAUUUGAAAAUCAUCCAGGGAAGGCCUUUCCAGCAUUCUGUACUAUUGGUGUUUCCAAGUUUCUGUGUUACUAGUUUAUGAAAAGGGAAGCCAUGUGAUUGCUUAAAGCUGCAGUAUCCCUUUUAUUUUGUUGGCAUGAUGCAUUUCAAUGAGAAAUUAAAUGUAAACAAUGGUACCCGUUUAAAAACUUUCUGGCUACGUGAGAUUUUGUUCUAAUUUCUUUGUUGCAGAUGAUAGUUGGAAUAAUCUUGGAGGUAAUGUUAGACUUUGCACUUCAGAUGUUUGCAGUUAUUUUAAUUUCAAGAUAUGAAUGUUCACGUUUCAUUUAAUUCAAAUUGAGAGAUCUCAGUUUGUAGAGUUGACAAGUACGAUCAAUUGCUGCACUCAGCUAGCCUCAGGCAGAAGAUGAUUGUGUGUUUGGAUCACAUAGUAAACACAUACCUAAAAAUUGAUCCUAUCAUUAGCACUAAACACACCACUUUGCACCUCUACUCUGCAUAGGAAAUUCAGUUCUAUUUCAGUCAACAAAUCCAAAUUCUGAAAGCAGAGUACAAGAUGCAUUUUUUGCUAUGUAGCAUGUUUAGUACUACUGUGAUGAUAAUAUUUUAGGCAAUAAUUUUUCUCAAAAUAUGACUACAAUUCUGGGCCGAGUAGAACAUAAAACGCUGAAAUUUUGUUCCUUUGAAGUGUUAUUAUGCAAUUGAGCCACUUGGCAUAUUGUAGACCAGGGGAAAAUAUAUUUUUCCCACAAGUGGGAGGUAUGGCAGUAGUGGGAGAUGGUAGGUAACACAGAAAUAAAGGGUGUACUGAUGUAAUCCAGUAUUUACUUUAGCGUUACAUACUUUCCAGUUGAAUAAUACGAAACUGUUGAUUGUGUUGGAAUUAAACGUCAAAAUAUUCAAAUAUGUACUUGAAAAGAACGCAGUAGCCCCCUGCAGCCUUCCAAGUAGGAAGCAGUUUACAGAGAUAGUAAUUGAUGCAUUGGCUGAGAACUAGUCGCUGAAUUACAUCAGGUCCAGGUGAUGUCACAGAAGUUUCUUCCUGGAACUGUUGACUCAUUAUGAACCAAUUAUGACUGCUUUGCACUGCACUGCAAAUCUUCCCAAUUUUAAAAUGUUAGCUGUGAAGUGGGGAGCUUGCUUCAGAAGUCAAAAACCAAUAUAUGUUGGAAAUUAUAUCAAUAUAUUCUAAACUUAAUAAUGAAAGUAAUAUAAAGGAUAAAUUUAAAUUUUAUGAACCAGAUUUUAAUCCCUCACACACCUUUUCUGAGCUCGUAGGUGAGCGGAUUGAAUGCAUGGUCUCACACAAUCAACCUUUGCUGUGCUUAAAGCUUAAAUUAUCUUGAGGCGGUAAGAGCAAAAUUACAGACUCUGCACAGGAAUGAUGAAGUAUAUUAAAAAUUACUAUUUAAAAUAACUAUGUAGGUUUGGCUAAUAUUGUUAUUUCAGUGCCAUGAAAAUACCUUGAAUAAUCCAACAUAUAACCUCUAUUGUUCUAUGAUAUCACUUGUUUCAAUUCUUUCAGGAUGAAGGAUUUUCUUUGACUUUCUGACCACUGUCAUAUUUCUGUCACAUAUUAAAUGGCUUUUUGCAGCAACCGAGCAGGGCACGGUGCUGAAUUCUGUGAAAUACAAUCGGAUCAAAGUACAUGAGGCAAAUUGUGCCUGCAAGGUGGAGUAAGAGGAGGCAUAAAUAAACAGAGCAGAAUUUCCUUUGGUGGUAAGUUAACCUUCUGCUCUUCCUGUUUUCAAAGUCACCCUAAACUUAGCCUACCUGCCCUAGCAAAGACUGCAAGCUAAAUGCCAGCUGUACAGAUAUCGAGUGACUUUGCAAUGAAUGAGAUUUGUACACUGAACACUGAGAGAGUUGUUAGUUAACCAGACACUGUUUAAUCAAAAGUUAUACCUCCCAAAAUUGCCUUACAGCAGCAUGUAAGGGAUUCAGACCUCACAACUUUAAAGGAUAUAUUUGCAGAUAUAUCACACCCUAUGAUACAUUUACUGUCAUCAUAAUAUUUAACUUCUGGCAAAUUUCAACACUGUCAUCCACUUUUACUGAACAGUUAGUUUGUUGAUUACCCAAAGGAAUAGGUGCAGAUCAGUUUUCAGAUGCUUAAGCAUGAUAUUCUUUUUCUGCCUCCACAAUAUCUGUUGUAGCACAAUUGUAUACAUUUUACUAAAAGGAAGCAAAAAUCCCUUGUACACUCACUGUUGUGAAAUGAUAAGGUGUUAGGGUGCAUGCAAGAAGUAACUGCCUUUAUACCAGAAUACAAAUGCUUUUAUUGGACUUACUUUUCUCUUAUUGAUGGCCUGAGUUUAGUAUCCAUAAAUUCCUCUCACUUUUGUACAAUGUUCUUUGAAGUGAUGUUCUUUAUCUUUUUUUUCAAAUAUGACACACAUUGAAAUGCAUACUUAUAAGCUGUAGUUUUGAAGCUUCAAAAUUGCACAAAGCUUGUUGGUCCGGUAGCGAAUCAGUGUUAUUAUUGAUCAUGUUCAAAACUAUUUUCAUCAGCCGUCUUUUAAGUUUGCGUGCAAGAACAAGAACACAGACUGUAGGUCUAAAAAAUGCCAAGUCUUUUAUGAACAAUAGAACAGGCUUUAACUGUUUGAUUUAGUUGGAAGGCUGUUGGGUUCUUUCCAGCUGAUGUGUUCUGAUUUGGUUAAGGUUUAUCCUUGGUUAUAUUUGGAAAAGCUAGCAAGAUCUUACAGAGAAGAAAGCUAAACAUUCUUAAAUCCACCUGAUUUAUCUCUACCUCUGCUGUGGAGAUAUCAUUAGGCCUGACAAUCCCAAGCCAAUAAAUCCAUGAGAUUGUUGGGAUCCAUAAUCAAUGAAUGUGUACAUUGAAAGUACUUUAUAUUUUGAAAAUUUUAAUUAUUUUUUUCUUUUCAAUGACUGGCUGCUAAUAGCUAAUCUGAAACUUUAGUCAUAAAUAAGUCAUAUAGAAAAUGUGACCACACUCAAGAGGGUGGUGCAAGUGCAAUUGUAAUGCUUAAGAGAAAAUUGAAUAGGUACAUCGAUGAGAGAGCUUUGGAGGACUGUAAUCCAGGUGCAGAUACAUGGGACAUGGCAGAAGACCUGGCUGGUAUGGACUAGAUGGGCUGAACAACCUGUUUCUGUGCUGUAGUGCUCUAUGACUCUAUGACUGAAGAUUCUCACAGAAUUAGAGAGUGCGUAAAGCACAGAAGGAAGCCACUCAGCCAGUUGGUCUGGAUCGUUUCUAUGCAAAAGGAAAUCAGGCAGAUAGUAUAGAUCCACCCUCUCCCCAUAGCCCUGCAAGCUCUUCCACUUGGCUGCAUAUCCAGCUUCAUGAAUGUUAGAGUUUUCUACACUAUAAGUGGUGCAGUGCAUCCCAGACCCAAUCACUUUCAUUCUAGUUCUUGACUUCUCUGUUCCUCCCCACUUGACCUGUCUGUACCCCUUAUGAUUUUAAACACUUUCAACAGAUCUCCAUGGAUCAUUGUUCCAAGUGGAACAGCCCCAAUCUAUCAUAUUAAUAAAUCACCUCUGCAUGUUCUCUGAAGCUUUUUACAGUUUUCUGAAUUGUGGUGGCCAUUUCCAGUGAAUACUUGAGCAGUGUUUUAUAAAGAUCCAAAGUAACACCUGAUUUUGUUACUCUUACACUAUGUUGCCUUGUCUAUAAAGGCCACGAUUCCCUUUGCUUUUCAAGCUCUUUCUCAAUCUGUCCAGUUACACUCAAUGAAAAAUGAAGAUAUGCCCCCAGUUCUCUCUGUUCUUGAUCCAUUUUUCUACUAUUUUCACUGAAGUCUCUUAUUCUCCUCGCACAACAUUCUGCCUCCAAGUUUUUCAUUUUAAACUUCUGUAAAUGCAUUGCUUCUUGGUUACCUUACUAUAACAUACUGAGUGAUCCAGACCAAAAGGUCCAGCAUGUAAUUCUCACUCUCUGGGUUUUCAUCUAAUCUUAACUGGGAUAGCAAUGUGAUUCAAUGCAAUUAAGACGGAAAUGUAAAUAGCAAAUAUUCUGAAUUGUUGUUAUUCAAUGACUUCUGUACCAUAUAUGCACAUUGUGACAAUAGGAAUGGGCAUAUUUGAAGCUCAGUGAUAGAUUAGAGUUCUUAAAAAUUACCUGAGCGCAGAUAAGGAAUAGAGGCAGGUGCUGGUGGAAAUCUGCACUUAAAGUCAUGACCCUUCAGCAGAGGAGGAGUGAAAACUGAUGAAAGUGUAGAAGAGGGUGUGUGAGUGAAUGAAAGCUCUUCAAAAGCAAUCUUCAGCUGGAUAGUGUAAAUUUUGGUCCUUUUCAUCAAAUAAUGGCCAAAUAAUUUCUGAGAUACUUCCAGCAAUGAUUAAUUUUGUCUUUAUUGUUUAUGAGUACAUCAGAGCUUGAAAUUGUCUUUGGAAGCUUCAGUGUUAUUUCUGAAAAUGUAAUUGAAGGGUUUUUUCGGGCAGUUCCUUGAUGAAUGGACUGCUGAUUUGCAGCCCCAGUUUCUCACUUUAGUUUGUGUGUGAAACAAAUUAUUUGCCAGUCUUGAAAAUGCCAGGCAAACUGAUCAAGUACCUAUGGUUGGUGUGUUGUUCCUAGCAUAUCGUGUGGGCUUUAGUAACAUUAUUAUUAUCAGGUUUUAAUGAGGCACACAAAGAGGUAGUGACUUUAUUGCCAAACCAACAGUGAAGUACAUCGGUCCCAAAGGGAUGAGUACUUCUGCCAUUUUCUUUUCCUUGUGGAUCCAGGAGGAUCAAAUAUGUUUCCUACAAAUUGCAUAAAGAAAAAUUAAGCAACACAGACUCACCCCCCUUCUAAUUACACACAAAUUCCUUGGCAACAAAACUUUCCAUUGUGUAUCUCAAUAAAAUCUUAAGUAAAUUCCUGCCUAGAAUGUGUAAGAACUCAGCUACUGGAAGUUAAAUCAGGUACUUGAGAUUAAAACAAAUCCUAAAUCAUAUUUCUGGAACAGUGGUUGAGUUUUAGCUCACCCACCUAUCUUGACUACAGACUUCAUGUCUAAUAUGUAUUGUCUAUUCCCAGUGGAGCGUCCAGUUGUAACGGAGGGAUAGGGCCUGGUGCUUUCCAACAAAAGGAAGGUGAGAGCCAGCUUAGGCCAGUCUUUCUCAGUGCGUCAACUCAAGUUUUUGAGAAGCUUCUUUUGCAUUCUUGAGAGGUUCACUGUCCAUGAUGUGCAAGGAAUCAAAAAAGGACAAGGAUAUCAGCCAAAUUCAGAUAAUUAAUUGUAAUACAUUUCUACAGUUUUACUCCCUCUCAUUCAGCAUUGCAGUUUUAUUUUUCUCCAGAUGAAUUAAACAAUAUUUUCAAAAUAAUUUCCAAACUUGAUCAAGACAUCCAGAACUGUUGUUUAUCAUCAGGUUUGCUUUCAGAAUGCAUUGGACUCAUAAACAUCCUUUAAAAUUGACGGCUCCAGAUAAAAUCAAGAUAGUCCCAUUUACAGUAUGCUCUUCUGGCCAUUAUUUCAUAGAAAAGCAUGGUUGAGAAAGAAAGAAAAUGACAUAAAUUAGCAGUUUAUAUGAGCAUUGCUACAUAUCCACAGUCCAUAGAAAUACACGAGUGGGGAGAAUCCCAACACUAAAAGUAAACUAGGUACAUUUGAAUUCUGUGCCAGUCUGGGAAAAUUUAUGUUGGUCACUUAUCACUUUAAACAAAAUAGAUUCAUUGGAAGUAUUGUCAAUAUUAGGAAUAUCUGCUGGUGUGUAGUUGAAAGUGAACCAUUCAAAUUCUUCCCAUUCCGAUUUCACUAUCUGGGGUACAGAUCAAUUUAUAUUGUAUUCUUGUAUUCAUUUACAAGCUGGAUCCAUCCUCUUCACCUUGAACAGCCUUUUUGAUGUUUAAUAGUGCAGGGAAUGGUGUGUAAAAAUAAUGAAGAUGAAUUCCCUUGGAGUUUCCGAGUGUUUCUGCUGAAAUUCCAGCAGGCAGGUGAAGAAAAUGUUUUAAAAAUUCAUCCCUAACUGCAGACCUGAUUUGAACUUGUGUAGGAUGUCACCUGGGAUGUCAGGUCUAGUACUUCAGUGCCUCAGGAAGCAAAUGAUCAUCAAGCAGACUCAGUACAGUAAAAACCUUACUGACAUUGAAUGCACUGAGGAAAAAAAAACAACUUCUUUUCUCAGACUUCCAAUGAACUUUAGUUCUUUACCGUCUAAAAUAGAACAGAGCAUGCUGUAUUAUCUGCUUUUGCAGAAAAAAGUGUGCUGUUGCUAGGGCGAUUGCGAUGCCAUGCUAUUACAGCUCAGCGCACCGGAGUUUGGAGUUCAAUUCCGCUGUUCUUGUAAGCAAGUUUGUGUGUUCCUUCUCAUGUGUGCAGGGGUUUCCUCCCACAGUCCAAAGACAUACUGCUUAGUAGAUUAGUUGGUCAUUGUAAAUUGUCCUGUGAUUAGGCUUGUGUUAAAUCCGUGGGUUACUGGUUGGCGCAGUUCGGUGGGCCAGAAGGGCCUGUUCCACACUGUAUCAUUAAAUAGAAAAUAAAUAAAAAAUAAUUAAAUACCACCAGUACACUUCUCAUCCUAUCAACACAACGUGAUUGUUCAUCUGUCUGCUUCAGUAGUAGAUAUACAGUCAGACAUUGUGUCAGUCAGUGAACUUUGGAAGGUUAUGUACUUGCUCUCUCUUUUGAUCCAUCCUGAUUGUCAUAAAGACUUGCACCAUCACCCAAAUGAAGCUGCUCUCAGACCCCUCCAUGGGGUUGAUUCUGACUACCUCCAGGUAUUACUUCCAACUUUCCAUGAAAACAAACUUGAUGAAAUCAUAUCAAGCUGUAGAUAUUGUACCAGUGAGGCUGAUUUUUUUUAUGUGAAGGUAUGCUCUAAGGUGUAGUCACUUUUUUCUUAACUAUGUUUAUAUCCCUUUGCAAGAAGACUGUCUCCACUAUACAAGUAUUCCAUUUAUUAAUUAGGUAAACCAAAAGAAUUCCAGGUAUUCAGCCUUAGUCUUGUUAGUUUGUAGGACAGGUACAUCAUCGCCAGUUCAUUUGUUAAAUUUGGUCAUGUAUGUGAUCUCAUUCAGAUGCCCUUGCCAUGAAAAGUGGGCAGUUCAAGUGAAUCGCAAAACAGUAAGGAUCCAAAGAACUACAUAUACAUGCUGAAGUGACAGUCUUAUCGGCUCAUGUUUUUAAAAUUUAAGCUUCCUUCAUAAGGCUAAUUCAGUUGUACAUAAAACAAACCUACAAAGAGCUGGAAGCAUAUUUCAGCAGAAAAGGUCAAAUCCACUGCAGGCAUCUGAUGGUGGUUAAUAAAAGAUAAAAAAAAAAGAAGCUGUCCUUCCCUCUUUAAUCUGGAUAUCCAACUGCGCCACUUAAAACCUGAACAGUGACAUAUAAUAAAUGCGAACUACAACAUUAACUAAUUUUCCACAUUUUGUACGGACUAAAGACCUGGCGUCACCGUCAUGUGGGUGAAGACAUUUUGACCCUUAUUGCUUUUAAUUUCAACUAAUUGUAGAUCCUGUUCAUGACAAUUGGGGCAAUCAUUGAAUCCUACCCCUGCAAAUUAUAGAAAGAGGUAUCAGGAGAGAUCGUGGGAAUUGAUCCAAAGAAGUGGUCAAUUGUGUGUAGUUAGACCAAAAACAUUGUGUUAAUUUCCAAGGGCAUAUUAGCAGCUACAGAGUUGAUAAUAUCAUUGCGGUACUACUGGUUGUGAUACAACAUGUCAUAAUUAAUAAGUGAUCAGGAAAUGUGGCAGUGUUGUACAGCAAGUGCUAGAAUUAUUUCUGCUUUGCACUUUCAAAGUCAAAUAUUACCAUCUUUAACUUUACUAUUCGAGAUUUUUAUCCCCUCAAAGACACUCCAUCACUUCAUUGAUUGGUGUGUACUGUCAUGUAUCCAUAAGAAAUUAUGAUUGCUCACCAUCACUAAAAGUUUAAAGGGAACAUUAGGGGGGGGCUUCUUCACACAGAGAGUGGUGGGAGUAUGGAAUGAGCUGCCAGACGAGGUGGUAAGUGCGGGUUCUUUUUUAACAUUUAAGAAUAAAUUGGACAGAUACAUGGAUGGGAGGUAUAUGGAGGGAUAUGGUCCGUGUGCAGGUCAGUGGGACUAGGCAGAAAAUGGUUCGGCACAGCCAAGAAGGGCCAAAGGGCCUGUUUCUGUGCUGUAGUUUCUAUGGUUCUAUCUUGUGUACAAUAUUCAAAUUCCCAAUAAAAAUAGAUGCCUGACAAUAUAAUGUAUAUUAGUCAAAGAAUGGAUUAUUUGUAGUAGAAGUUAAAACUGAAGUUUCCAACUAGGUCUUUGCUUAAAGCAUUUUAACGUAAUGUUGUCCUAUACAGGAGACAGAGAAGAUAAAACAUAUUUUAUUGGCAUGUACAAGAUUAUAAUUAGUGUAGUGGAUGUUACAUGGAGUGGGGGAAUGUGAUGUAAUAAUCUAGGAAGUAUUGCAUGCAAAUUAUUAGAUAAUGAAUAUUGUGUUGUGUUGGCAGAAGGAAGUAGUGGAUAGUGUGGAUGGGUUAUGUUACACAUGCUGUGUAAUAUUCUGAAAGAAAUUUCAAGACAAUGUUACACUAAUGCCACCAUAAACUGAGCAAUUUGUAUAAACUGUCGGGAUUGUUUUCUCUUUCAAUUAAUCCCUCCACUGCAUUCCCAAAUGUUUGCAUGUUCCUUGCUCAAGAGGGUCUCAUUUGCUUCACCCUUAUUAAUUCAGUCCCUUUUCCCUGUUGACAUCAAUAAUGAGGAUGCUUUUCUCUGCCAUGGAUGUUAUAAGAAACCGGGACAUUAUGCUAAGCUAAAAGUAUAGGAAAAUACUUUAUCCCAAUUAGCCUGUUACUACAUCAAAUUCCUUGAUUGUGUUAAUUUCCAAGGGCAUAUUAGCAGCUACAGAGUUGAUAAUCCUUGACUGAUGUCACAUCACAUCAUGAAUAAGUAGAAUAAGUUGGGGUCAACAUUUACUGAAUUUACCAACAACCUCAGUAUUACUUUGUUCAACCUGUCGUAAUAUAAACAAUAAGUUAGGAAUUGGAGAUGCCCUGCAUUAUGUUACUGGAAUAUCAAGCUUGCUGAAGAUGUUUAAACGGAGCUUUUUCAUAGUUCUUGAAAAUCAAAAGUCCUGUAUUCCCAGCACUUUCUGUUUAUGGACUUUUAACUAAUAAUGAAUUGCACUCCUUUGAAGUUGCUCUCAACGCACAAUACCGAUUUCACUUCAUAUUUGCAACAAAUUUGGUUGCUUGCAAACAUUUAUUUCUCUUUAAUGCAAGCUCUGCAGAUGAUGAGUGGGAGUGAAAGGAGUGUGGUGGAACUGUGGACAGCUAUUCAUUCAGUAUUAAUAAUAAAGGGUUGAUUUUGCACUUUAGUACUUACUUUCUGCAAGUGGCUGAAUAGAGGCUUUGGUUGUUAAUCACUUUAACAAUGCUUUAAAUGAAAAGUGUCCAAUUGGUGUUGGAACAAAUUCUCAUCGGGUCACUUUGACAAUGACUGCAGGAUACAAUUCUGCAAUUUUGAGUUAUCUACACUUGGCAUUGUGCCACCUUGGAAUAUUUGUGUUCUAGAUUUAAUAUGCCAAACCAAGCGAACAGAGAAGGAUAUGCUGAUUAUUGAAUUUCAUAUAAUUUACACCAAUGUAAUUCCAAUAUAACUAAUUAACACAUAUUGCAAAGACAUACUUUGAAAGUCUAUUUUUAGUUUGGAAUUCAUUUUUCAUAUUGUAGUUUUUAUUUAAUCAAUAGGUGUGACAGAAUUGAUACAUUGGAGGAGCUUUCUCUCUGUGCUGAUGCCAUAAACCAGUUUAGAUAGUAGAAUAGGAUCCCUCAUGCCUGUUUUUCAUGAACAAGCUGUCUAUAAAAUCAUGCAUAACCCAGGUUAGUUUGCGUAGGCUAUCAUUUCAGGUGAAAUCAAGCCUGUCAGGAAAAUGGCCUGAGGACUUCAGCAUGCUACUCACCUUAGCGUGUCUGACAUUUUUCUGGUGCCAGUCACACACCAUAUAACAUUACAAGUCACACAUAACCUACAGUGUCAGCAUAAAUUGAUGCUUUUGACUGCAACUGAUGACUAUUAUCAAACAUUCAGAAGAUAACUGAAUUUACUGGGCAUGGGUUAAGCACAUCCAUUCCAACAUUGCUAUACUUCACACAACUUCUGCUAACUUCAAUAUUCUGUGCUUGGGAUAUCUCAGACUUUAUUAGUGCUUACUUUCUCAUUGGUUUACUGUAUACAUCAGAGCCCAUCUCUGGCUGGUGGUGAUUAUGUACCUCGCAAUCCACUUACAAGAUGGGGCUCCAUCAGGACUGAUCAUUUUGUAAGGAUCGUGGGUGCCCAUUUAAAUUGAAGAUCACCAUGUUCCCAUUGUCUACUGUGUUCUCCCAUGUUUCUAUGGUAGCCAUUUACACAGCUGUUCUGUGACUGCUGAAGGAGAUUUCUUUUAAGAUCUGGUUAAGGUCUACGGAGGAUUAGCUAUAAUGAGAGGCUGGCCAAACUUGGAUUAUUUUCCCUGGUGUCUCAGAGGCUGAGGGCCAAUCUCACAGAAAUAUGUAAAAUUAUGAAAGGCGUAGAUAGUUCCCCCCCCCCCAGGUCAAAAUGUCAAAUGCUAGAGGGCACAGAUUUAAGGUGAGAGGGGAGAGUUUAAAGGAGAUUUGCAAAGCAAGUUAUUAACACAGAGAGUGGCCAGGGAGGCGGUAGAAGUAGAUAUAGUGGCAACAUUCAAGAGGUAUUAAGACAAACACUUCAGCAACUAAGUUCUAUAAGGGUAUGGACCAUGUGCACACAGAUGGGAUGAGUUAGAUUGGUGAUAUGGUUAGUGUAGACUAGAUAGGUCAACGAGCCUGUUCCUGUUCUGUACUGACACUCCUCCAGUGACCAGCAUGGUGAUAGUUCAUCAGUCAGUGCUAACCAAACAGCGCCCAAAGGGAAACAGACAGGUAAUGUUUUAGGCACUCUCUUAAUUUUUCUCUAACACUUUUAUGUUGAUAAAUAUUGUUUUAUGUGAGAGAUGCCAUUGUGGAUUAACCCAAAGAACAGCAUAAAAAGAUAAAAUCCGAUUAUGAAACAGCAUAUUUACUAAUUUGUUACACACUAUAGAGAAAGGAACUCCAUCUCUGAGGUACGGAAGUGUUGUGUGCAUUUAAAUUUACAUAUCAAAGAUCUUAAAUGCAAUAAGUCAAGAAGAGAAAUAGUUCCUGAAGACAUCUGUUCACUGUUCCAGGGAAACAUUCAUAAACUCCUCUCAGACAGCUAAGUGCAUAGCUCGAAUUGUAGAUGCAUUUGUAACUUCUAUGUUUCAAGUAUCCAACUGUAAGGAGACAUUCAUCUAUCUGUUGAUACAUAUCGCCUCCAUAGCAGUAAUGCCAGUAGAGUAUGUUACUGUGUUUAGUUGCAUUAUUGGAUAGUAAUGUAGCUAAUUGUUAAGGAAGAAGGGAGAGAUUUAGUAACAUGAGAAAAUCUGUAGAUGCUGGAAAUCCAAAGCAACCCACACAAAAUGAUGGAGGUUCCCAGCAGGUGGCAGCAUCUAUGUAAAUGAAUAAACCAUCGAUGUUUUAGCCUGAGGAAAGGGAAGAGUCCGGAAGGGUCUCAAUCCAACACGUUGACUGUCUAUUCAUUUCCAUAGAUGCUGUUUGACCUGCUGAGUUCCUCCAGAAUUUUGUGUGUGCUCCUUGAAAGAUUUAUUAAUCUGUCUAUUGCAAUGUCUCCACUAUGCCAUCCCAUUUUGGAAGGUAGUAACACAAAUAGAACAACAGAUUGUAUUCAUUGUUGAGAGAGUGGCAAUAGCAGAAAGGUGAAUUAGGGAUGGCUGUGAUGGGGAACAAAGAUAUUAGAGACAAAAAUGAGAAGCUUAAAAUAUUCUCAUUUGGGUUGGGAAUUUUUAAAAUCAGUGAUCAUUUUAGUGAUAUUCCAACUAUUAUAUCAUGAAGUGAUUUGUACCUUGGAUGAACUGAAAUAUUAAAACAGAAUAGUGAACUCAUGAAGUAAGGGAUUUUUUUUUUGUCUUAGUUUAUCCUGAGUGCAGGGCAAAGCAACACAUCCACUCUACCCACACGGCACAUUUAGUUCUCAUAAUUAAAUCUUGGGAAUAUUAAAGCAUUGAAAUGCCAGCAUUUAUCUUGGUCACGUGAGCAAUUCACCACCAGAGUGGGACAGCAAAUCCAGUAAGGCCUCUAAGCUUGAAGGGCCUGUUAGCAGAAGCAGUAAGUGUAUUAAAAAUAAAGAAGCACAAUGUAUAAAGGCAAGAACAUCAGAAAGAGAGGGGCCCCAAAGUAUGGAAGAUCCAACUUACAGAAAUCUGACUUUACAGCCUUCUUCCAGACUCUGCUGUUAGGUACAUAGCUCAUCUCUGAAUUCUCCUCAAGGUGAGAUCAGACGUUACAAACCCUGAGUCACCUUUCAUUAGGACACAGUUUAUUCAACUGCCAAUCGAUUGCUUGCUGAAUAGAAGAUAAAUUCCACUCAUUCAGGCAAAUGUUUGUCACUGUUCACUUUCUGGUAACAACUCCUAUCACCCUCGCUGACCCCAGUCUAUUCUUUGCAAAUCAGUCCCCAAGGGCUGGUGAGGUUAAAGAUUUUUCAUUGGUUUUUUUUUGGAAUAAUUGUUUAUUUCUGAUUUAUGGAAAAUUCUUGGGAAUAGAACCCGUAUGUAAUUCAGGGAACUCCCUGAUUAGAGACACAAGAAAUGCAAUCAGCACGUUUGAAAUGAAUGACAGAGUCUGCAGUUUACCUCUCCCAUGGCGAACAGCUUCUUUAAAUCUCACCCAAUUGUCUACCUUAAAAUUCUGGAAGAGGUAUAAAUGACAUUAGGUUGUUAACUAAAUCAACUGAUAAACAUUUUGCAUAGAUUAAUGUUUUUGCAUGACAAUUCAAAUUGUGACCUGGAAAUGGAACAAUUGAUGAUCUACAUGGGUCAAUCCUCCAUAAGAUUUGGUUCCUCUGCCCCCAUUUUUAGGUAUAAAUUAAGUAUAAAUCAGACGUGUCCUAGAGAAUCCUUUUUAUUUUCACUUCUGCCUGUGGCUCUUCUGGUGUGUUUUGGAUAAUAUCCAAUUUUAGAGAAGUAGAAAUCUCAGUUAAGAAGAUCCUUCAUUUUUUUUAUGAGUUUUGGCACAGAUAAUAAGCUUCAUUUCAUAAUUCCCGCUACAAUAAUACCUUCAAAUUUAAAAAUGCAUGGCAAAAGAUUUAAAUAGUAUCCCUUGCUUUUAAAAUAAAUUAAAUCCCACAAAACUCACAGUCAUGUUGCAUCAGCAACUGAAAUGUGGAAAACAAAGACAUCCAUAGCCUUGAUGGCUCUCUGUAUUGCCUGUGUUCAAAUUGUUCUGUUGGCUGUGUGAUUCCCCAGUUAGAAUGGACUAGUCUUCUACUUAAAACACCAAUUAGGAAGAAUUUGUGCUAAACACGUGUGAAAAUAUCAAACACUAGUUACACUCAACUCCCUAUAGAUUUUGUUCCAGUGAGAAAGUGAAUAUAAAAGAAAAUGUAAUUUGUAACUGAUAUUAUUACACCUUGUUUAUCACUAAAGAUGACAUUUUUCCUUGCAUCCACCCUUUCCAGUCAAUGUUUGGCGGAGGUCAGGGAAAGUUGCAAUUGACGUACAGAGACUGGAAAUGGGACAAGAUACAGGACACUGUCCUGGGAGUAUGGAUUGAUUCAGACCAUGACUAUUAGUGGAGGUCAGAUCAAUCGUGACAGUAGGGGCAGAUAUGAGUUUUUUUGUUUACGAUCACUGCUGACACAAGCCUAGGUUACAACCUGCAAUAGGGGCCAUUCAUCUGCCACCGUGUAAUCUCCUGACCUGCCUUCUCUCUUAAAAGUCCACAUACUUGGAAGUUGAAUGAUGCAUCCAUCAGUUACUACUAAUCAUUCUGCAAAGAGCAUUAACGAACUGCAAAAUCCCUUCUGAUCAUGUAGAAUUUAAAAGCAAUAACACCAACAUACUAGUGCAGAAUUACUGUCCACAUUCCAGCACUUGGCUCUCCAUGUAUUAUCGUGGAGGAUUGUUCUCCAUCUACUUAAUUACAUUGUAGAUAGAGAGAAGGAUCACUUGCAGGGUAUACUAUGUAUUUUAUGAAUUUCCAAGGAGAUUGAAAGAAGCAGCAUAUCACAAAUAACUAGUAAUCUAAAUAAAGUUAACACAUUUUAAUUGCAUGCCAAUUACAAUAUAGAUAUUUUUAAAGUUAUAUAUAUAUAUAUAUAAUAGAAUAUGUUAGCUUGCUUAAGCACUGAUUAUUUAAAUUUUAAAUUGUGCAAAUUAAAAUAAAAGUCAGACCAAGUUUAAAUGGGUUCAGUGCAAAUUUUGUUCCAGUUAAAAAGGAUGCAGAGUUGUAAAGGAACAAUAUUUAAUUAUUUACGUUGAGGAGUUCUCUAGUUACAAUGUUUCUGAAACACUUAACUGCAAGGACUGGGUUCAGAAGAUAGUCAAGGUGAUAUUUUUAACUCUUGAGAAGUGUAGUUGGAUUAUUGCAAUAUGUUGCAACAAAAGUAGAAGUCCUAUCUACAAUAAUGUCAGCUGUUUCUACUUGGUUUUCAGUUGUCUGCCGUGUAUAUGCCAAUGGAUAUGUCACCGGUAUAUCAAAUUUCAUAAUCAGGAAGCUAAGUUUUUCAAAAUUAAUUCACUAUUGUCACUAGCUAAACUAGCUCAGACCUGAUGUGUUUUAUGAUACUGUCUUUGAAAGAAAUUCCAUUGUGUCACAAUAUAACUGUCCAAAUUUGCUAUUGUGGUUAUAUUUUAUAUAUUAUAUUAAUGUCAUUGCAGUUCUGUAUUGGGCACAAAAUAAUAAAGCAAUCCUGUGUUAUACAGUGGAAUUUUUACUGAGAUUUGAGGCAGUCUUCUUGUAAUGUAUCUAAAAAAAAAGAGUCUAAUGUUUUCUGAUUGCUGAAGUAUGCUAUACAAAACCUCUCCUCUGUAAAAUAAUGCUUAAUUGUUUCCUGUGUGACAGAUGUACUGCUGUUAAUAUUACUGUAGUCGUGUUAGUGUAUGUUUUAAUAAGGAUGCAGUGUAAUUGCCAGACAAUAAUCAACCAUUUAAUAAAUAUGUCAUUUUAUGAUGGAGUUCUUUCCUUUAUCUUAAUUGCUUUUUUUUGUAAAACUCAGGAUGCUCAUGUAAGACUAACCACUCUAGUAGGGGGAGCACUAUUCUGAAAGGGAAGGGCUUUCUCGAUGUAAAAACUGUGGCACAGGUAGCUCUUUACUGAGGUGCGCUAGCUCCUGUAAUGUUGCACGAGUUACUUUUUUUAAUAAUGCACUCAGUUUCGGGAAUGUGACUGCGACAAUUUUCAGUGGCUGCUUCUGUGCAUCGUACCGCUUAGGCAAAUCUGUGUUAAGUGGAUCGUGAUUGGUGGCUGUGUCGUUCUUUCUAUGGAGAAGUAAAAACUGGGUGUGUUAUGAGAAUCCUGUGCAACAUGUCUAGAAAUGGAUGUUGCAUACUUUCACAUAAGCGACCGUCUUUGAUCUAGUACAAUCUUUUAAGACGAUUUACUGCAUCUCACUUACUGCUAAGGUUAGCUAAGAAAAAAAUCACAUAUAUGUAUCUUUUUUUCUCCCCUUGUGACUGCUAUAUUAUAGUUACUGCUAAUGUAUGAAAUUAAGUGUGUAUAAAUUUUGAAAACUGUACGGAAUAAAAUGGAAAGUUUC